ACCGCCCCCUCCCGUCAGGCACCGCGCGGGACCGUCCCCUGCGCCAUAUCCGGAGCCGCGCGCUGCCAGCCAUGCUCACGCUUGGGUUUCUCUAGGCUUUUCCCGUCUCAGGCCAUGGCUGCCACAGCACUCCUCGUCCGUGCCUUGCUGUCCUUCAUCCCGAACCUGCCGAUGGCUGGUGAUGAGCUGGAUGAGGCGACGCGUCAACUCAUGCAGCAGCGUGCCCUGUACCUGAACGCGGAGAUGACUCGGCUGCUGCAAGACAUAGAGGACAGGAGCGUGGAGCAGAAGACACAGCAGCAGUGUGACUUUGCCUGGGGAGCACUGCUCUCCACUGCCUUACAGCAGUGGCACUUCUGUGUGAUCGCUGGAGUCCUGGUCCUCUUUAGGCUCUGCUGGGUCCUGUUCAGGAACAGGAGCCGUGAGGCAGAAAGCAGCAGCACUGAGGAAAGGUGCUGCUGCAACACAGUGAAUGUGGAGGAGGAGCAAGAAUUGGAGCAGGAAGAGGAAGAAAUUGUGGGCGAAAGUGCUGAUGAUGAGCGUGAUCUGGACUGGACUUUUGAAAGGCGCUUUUUUGAGCGAGUGCAGAAUCUGGCCUACAUUGGCCUGGUGGUGGAGGACCUGGUGGCUGAACUCCUCUGGCUCUUCCAAAAGCCCUUCUGCAAUAGUUUCUUCCCUGUGCUGCAAACAGCCAUCGGUGUGGGCAGCACCUUCGAAGCUUGGGAUCCCUCUGAAGACAGUGCUGUCUACCAGCUGCUCGUGCCCCUGAAGGCACCUCGUGGCCACACCUUCCAGCUGGAGGUGGGCACCACAGGGCAGAUGCCAGUAGAAGACCCCCGGAACUAUGUGGAGCUGGAGUGCACCUGCACAGGGCAGCAGAACAUGCUCUGCUUCCUCCGCCAUUCUGAGGAGGAGCUGACAAGAAAUCAGGAUCCCAGCCUCCUACACAUCCUCUGCACAGGCUCCUACCUAGAUGUGCAAAAAACUGCCCUCUGCUUCCAGACCUUUGUGAUGUCAGCCUGGAUGGAUGUGUCUCAUUCCCGUUGCUACUACAUGGAGAUGCUGCCCUCCAGCCGGUCCUGCAAGCUGCAGCUGACGGGUGCCUCCAGAAGAACCCUCUUCAUUGAGUUGAUUUUUGGGGUACAGCAAGGGGACUCGGACAUCUUCCUGAGUAGCCAGGCUACGGAGGACACCUUCAACGCAAGCGCUACGUGGCCAGUGACCUACGCUGUGGCAGAGGUGAAGUUCUUCAGGCAUAUGGCCAGGAAGGCCCCAGCCAAGCGUGCCCACCUCAAUUGCCUUCAGACCUGUGCCUGCAUCCUGACAGGCACAAGCUUUUCCACCUGUGACUUCAAGACAGCUGUGAUGCAUCUCCUGACCACAACCCCCCUCUCACGUUGGCGCAGGAAGAACUUCCUACUGCAGCUGCAAGACAUCAUGCGAUACAUGCGCUGGUGCCUGGAGGAGAAGCGCCUCAACCACUUCUUCCUUGGCAAUGAGAAUGUGCCCGAGGAGAUAAGCUUGCCGCUAUCCUUCAAAACGGCCGAGCCACUCAACCUCUUCCAACGCUUUGCACAGGAUCCGGCAGCCUGUGCUGAUGCGCUGCGUGAUUUCAUCAAGCUUGAACACCGACUCAUAAGACAGCUCGUCCUGGGAUACUGGGAGAGGGCUCCACACACAGAGCUGUGAUUGUGGGUCUCACAGCUGACAGCAGGCGACAUCCUCACGCGGCAGGGAAAAAGAGGGGUGAAUGCAGGACACAGACAGGGAAGGGAAACCCCUGUGCAGCAGCCCUGUGCCAAGAGUGGCUGUGUUCUCCCUUCAACAAUCUCAGUGCAGCGGCGGCGUUGACCAGGUUGGCUACAAAGAUGACUUUCAUCUACCUUUCCGCUUGUGCGGUCAUUGCCACGGUGGCGAUUUCACAUGUCCCAUAGAUUCUUGCUAGCAGGUGCAGCUGGGCAGGGAUUGAGCCAAAGCCACCGCUGAUGUGCCUCUGUCUGCUCUCCGGGCUCUGGAUGGACAAUCCACCCAUCCAAGACACUCCUCGGGUAGCUGGUGCCACAAAACUGAGCGCACUGGAGAUGGGGAACGGGCUGCUCAAUCAGCACGGUGUAUUGGAGGUGGAAAAUGACUUGAUCUGUAGAGGUAAAGCAAUGCAUUGUAUCGUUGCCAGUUUAAGCAAGCACCUGACUGGCACUCGACACACCACAGGAGAAAAACUGUGUUAAGAACAAGGAGGAACGGUAGUGUCAAAGGAAGAAGUAGAUAGAGAAGAAGAUGUUCUUUCUCAAUCGCGUUUCCCACCCAAGUGACGAACUGUCCUAUUGUAAGUGUCCUUCUCCAAAACGGGAAGGUGGCCAAAGACAGCUAAAGGACAAGUGAGGAAGACAAAGAAAGACAAAGUAACGACCCUUAGAAGAGGGAGAGACCCUUGACUGGGGUUUGCACAUGAGCAAUAACAAGCAGUACAUCUAUGAUUCCAGGGCGGAGUUGAGCCCCCCUCGUGGCACGUGCUGGUCCUACGUGGCAGGACGCGGGUCUCUAGCAAUAACCCUGAAACGUGUAGAGCGGUGCGGCUACAACCC